CCUCGGGCCGGAUCUGUAAUGGCGUAUUGUUUGAACCUGGAGAUAUUCUCAUGGCUACUGUAUAAAACGCGGUGCUGUAUCUGAGCUGCCGUUGUGGAAGUACCAUCGAGUCUUUUCUUCCUCUGUGAAUCCAGAUUUUACUCUUCUCUAAACCGAAUCAACAAUGGGUCCCUUCAUCCUGUUCUUCAUCGCCAUGGUGGCCGCCUCUCCAGUCAAAAGGCAGGAAAAUGUGUUCGGAUUGCUGGACCUUGACGGAGACGGCCGACUGUCAGGGAACGAGGUUCUGUCCAGCAUUAUUUUUGACCAAGCCAUCCAGGCUCUGGACGCCGACGGCGACGGUUUUAUCACCGGGAUCCAGAUUUUCGAGCUGACCGGCGACCCCAACGUCUUCCCGCAGCUUGACGUCAACGGUGACGGCAAGGUCAGCUAUGACGAGAUCCGCCAGGGCACCAACAUGCUGCUUAUCUUCAACAGGUUCGACGCAGACGGUAACGGGUUUCUUGAAGGCCCCGAGGCGGACAGGGUGGUGGCCAUCUACUCGCAGAUCGUGAAUGGCGGACUGGCAUUUCUGGGCAGGGACGAGAUCGACACCAACGGGGACCAGGUUCUGUCCAGGGACGAGAUAAUGAACGCCCUGGUUCUGACCCAGGUCCUGGUGGCGGCGGACGACGACAAUGACGGCGCCUUCAGCCAGCAGCAGAUCGAGAACGUCUUUGGCGCUCAGACCUUCCAGAUCCUCGAUGACAACAUGGACGGCGUGGUCAGCUUCGGCGAGUUCCGCAAGGUCUUUGACCUGGGAGACGUGUUUGACUUCUUUGACAAUGACGGCGACGGCGUUUUGACAGGCGCGGAGCAGAACAGCCUCAUCGGCAUCUACAACUUGGUCUCGAACUUGCAAGACGCCAUCCCGGCUGACCCUCUCCUGGACACCGACGGCGACGGACUACUGUCCAAGCCCGAAGUGACCAACGCCGUGACUCUCGACCAGAUCUUGGUAGCGAACGAUGCAGAUGGUGACGGCCAGUUCACCGAGAUUGAGAUCCUGUCGUUUUUCAACCGCGACCUCUUCCAGAGGAUGGACGUCAACGGAGACGGCAUCGUCACCUUCGACGAAAUCCGCGCCGUCAUCGACGUCGGCUCUUACUUCGACCUCCUCGAUGCUGACGGCGACGGUUUCCUGAAUGGUGUGGAACAGUUUUCCGUGGUCGCGCUGUACUACAACGUUUUAGCCUACCAGCAGGCUAACGGCGUCAACACCAAAUAGAUCGGACUGGUGCGGGAUGCAGUUGGACGAUCUUUGCAGCGUGAACAACGAAGAAACCCGGAGACUUUUGCAUACUUCAAGGACUCUCAAUAAACUUUGAUGAAAUGAA